GUGACACUUUUCAAAGUGACCGAAACAGGUUGACGUUAUAGAGCUAGAGUCGUUGUUUUAAAGGGUGCCUUUAGCCACUCGCCGCCCGGUCAUGUUAUUUGCUAUUGCUGUGGCAGACAGCCGUUGAUGCACUCGCAGCUGGCAAAUAUAACAUCUGGACAGACCCAGGCGAACCAGGAUGUCGGACAUCUAUUACUGCAGCAAUAGCCAGAUUAAAAAAUCUCGCGAUGUUGACAAAAGCACAAUCAUGGCCAAUAGCAACAACAGCAACAGUACAGCCGAUAACAAAAAGAGCAAUAACAGUUGCAGCAAUCGCAACAGCAACAGUAACAGCAGCUGCAAAGAGCACAAGCACAACAGUGGCGGCAACAGCAACAGCAACAAUAACAUUAACAGCAGUAUGCAAGCAAAUGGCAAAAACAAUUGGAAGGGUAUUGUACAAAGCAAUCCAAAUGGAGUGCGCGACUCAACGGGCAAUGGCAAUGGCAAUGCGGCGGUGGCAGCAUCGCCACCCAAAAUUUUUCACAACACACGCUGUACGCGGCAUCACAAACCACAUCACACACACAAUAACAAUAACAACAACAACAGCUCUGAGCUGACUAGCAACACACAACAACAGAUGCUACAGCAUCUGAGUAGCAAUGGAAAUGGAAAUGGCAGCAGUCAUAACCACAGCCACAACCACACACAUAGCCACACACACAUGCCGCAGAGUCAUCAUCAUGUCCAUCAUGGCAGCUCUGGAAACGUUGGUCUGCGACGCAAAUCCGAAUCGGUUCUAUCCACAGACUCGGACAUACGCUUUACACGUCGCAAGUUGGGCGAUAGUCAGAAAUGUGGCUGUGCUGUGAUUGCUGGUUUCCUCAUCGCUCUCCUUGUCGCCGGCGCCUUUGUCUAUGUGGGCUACACCUAUUUUCGUCCGGAGCCUUUGCCGGAUCGUGUGUUUCGUGGCAAGUUUCUUGUGCUGAACGACAAGUGGAGCAUGGAUUUGGCCAAUCAGAACUCGCUGCGUUUUCAGCACAAGGCGCGCGAUUAUAGGGAACGCAUUAAUCUCACCCUGCGUCGCUCCGAUCUGCGUGAUGCGUACGAAGGUAGCGAAAUAUUGGCGCUAGAUGGCAGCGACGAUACCAACGACAUUGUUGUCCACUUUAACAUGAUCUUUGACCCGUAUGCGGGCUUAGUCUCCACAGGUGAUUUGCUGGCGCUGUUUAAUGAGGAAAUGACGAAUCCGCAGCGCCGUUACUUCGCCAACAUGACAGUGGAUGCGCAAAGCUUAACGAUUAAAGAGACUACCGGCAUUAUUGAGGAGCCUGUGAUGUCCUCAUCGCCAUUGGGUGGUCACGACGAGACCACAGAGCUAAUAACCACCACACCACGACCGCCACGUCGCUGUGAGCCGCUCCAACUGAAUUAUUGCCGCAACGUCGGCUACAAUGUGACUACCUACCCCAAUUUACUAGGACAUGCCAGCUACGAGGAAGUGGCAGCCGAUGUCAUUGUAUUUCGUGAACUUGUCGAUGGCGAAUGCUUCCGGGAAGCAUACGAUUUCGUUUGCCGCUUGUUGCAACCGCCGUGUGAUUCACACGGCAGCGGCUUGGAGCCCACACCGGGCUCUAUCUGCCGCGAGUAUUGUGAGGCCUUCAUGCUUGGCUGUGGAGGCCGACUGCCGGCACGUUUCAAACAACAUUUCGACUGCGAACGCUUUCCAGAGUCGACGGGAACGCAAUCGUGCCAGCAGAAACCGCACUGCGUCAACGACAUGCAGACCAAUGUCCAGAGUCCACGUCUCUGCGAUGGGUAUGCGGACUGUCCGGAUCUCUCGGAUGAGCGCAGCUGCACCUUCUGUGCCUCUAACGCCAUCUACUGUGGACGUGGCCGGGCGUGUGUGCCGCGCAAGGCACGCUGCGAUGGCAAGGCCGAUUGCCCGGAUGGUUCCGAUGAGAAGGACUGCUUGUCUAUAGCGCCGCUGGCCGCGGAUUUGUUGCAACCGGAGCCGUUGGUACCCUAUUUGUCGCGCUUUUAUGCCGAAGGCUUUGCGGUCUUCUCCGAAAAGGGCGUUGUGGGCAAGCUGUGCGCCGAAGGACUCGAAGGCGAUUCCAAGCUAAUUGUCCGGCAAACUGUCUCCGAAUCACUCUGCAAGUCCUUGGGCUAUGAAUCUGUGGAAAUAUUCGAUGUCCAGAACGAUACCGAACACUUGGAGGAUUAUGUGCGCGUGUUGGAUCCACACGCGCCCGAAAUAUCCUUUAUCAGGACUCACUGUCCCAGGCGGCAGGUGUUGUAUGUGGGAUGUGGGGAGCUGCGAUGUGGCGUCCAAUCCGUGCUCUCUAACACUAAACAGCAUUUGUCGCUGCCAAAGAUGUCCUCGCCUGGAGACUGGCCAUGGCUGGUGGCGCUCUUCCGGGAGGACAUACAUGUGUGCGAUGGCACGCUGAUAUCGCGGGAUUGGGUGCUGACCACGGAGAGUUGUUUUCAAGGACAACCACGGGCCACUUGGAUGGCCAUAUUCGGAUCGGUGCGUCUUUCGGCGAAGGCGCCAUGGACCCAGCGUCGCCGCAUCAUUGGCAUGAUCAAGAGUCCUGUAGAGGGCUCUACGGCGGCGAUGGUGCGCCUGGAGACGCCCGUCAACUUCUCCGAUCAUGUGCGUCCCAUUUGUUUACCCGACGCACUUCACCGUCAGCAGCAACAAAUCCAGAGACGCGCCUAUGUGCCCGUUGCCGAGCGCCUCGAAGGCACCCAACGUCAGGCCAUACGAUCGGGCAACAAUCAGCAGCGACGCCUCGCACAGGAGACCCAACAGUUCUUCCUCUUUCCCUCCCAAGAAACGGAUGGCGACAGCAACAGUGCAGAACGCAGUGAUGCCCAAGAGGAGCCCGCCCCUAGCUAUGAUUAUUUAGUGCCAGAAGCCUCGCAUAUGCCGCGUGCCGAGGCACUCCAUCAAGCGGAAGUGGAGACGGAGUCCGUGGAGGCAGAUCUUUCCAAAUUAAGCUCUGUCUAUCCUUUGCCAGAACACGCUCCGCAGGUCAACUAUUUUGAUGCCUCCGCGGCGGCGGCGGGGGCAGCGGCCCGAGCUAACAAGGUAGUCAAAAGCACACAACCUCCCACUGCAGCGCCGGAACAGAUUUGGAUGAAUUGCAACACACUCGGCUGGUCCAGGCAGCGCGAUCAUCUGCAACGCGUCCAACUCAAAAUUGGAGACAUGGCGCCGUGCGAGAACGUCUCCAUAGCAACGGUCAACUCCAUGUGUAUGGAAGCCACCUACCAAAAAUAUGACUGCACGCAAGAGGAGUAUUCGGGGGCGCCUGUGCAAUGCCUCAUACCUGGAACGAAUCAGUGGGCACUCAUUGGUGUCUCAUCGUGGCGGAUUGCCUGUGGCCCGACGGGUGUAGAAAGGCCGCGAAUGUAUGAUAAGAUCGCCUCAAAUGCCGCCUGGAUACGGGAGACGGUGAAUGCGGUGUAGCUGCCGCGCCCUGCAUUUUGUAAAACAAGAGCGUAAUGAUUUCAAUAGGACGCUGGAGUAUAUAUUUAUUUGGAUUCUGGUGUGGCAAACACUGUGUAUUAUGAAUGUAAAAAGAAAGAACAACAAACAAGACACAACUUAAACAUAACUAACUGCAUACUACUCUAUUAAUUAUUAUUAUUUUUUUUAAAAACUGUUUUGUGUAAUAUUUAUUAACUAUUUUAGUUGUAUUCUAAACAAAAGUGAAAAGGACGAAAAGAGAAUUAAAUUUAGAUUAAUUUUAGUUGAUGUAACUGUGUAAUAAUUUUGUUUGUAAAAAGCGAAGCGAGCCCAUUGUUUUGUUGCAAAUUGUAUCGGUUGAAUAAAAUAAUGAAAACAUAUAUAAUUCGCUGCUUUCGUUUAGG